UCGCGGCGCCCCGUAGUGCGCGCCCCGCCGAGCCGGCGCCAAGAUGGCGGCGCUGACGAGCACAGAGCGGCCGCGCCGGGGGCCGUGGGGGCCGGAGCGGAGCCUCCGCAGCUGAGCCCCCGAGCUGCCCUGCAGGCCGGCGUCCGCCCGCCGGAACCCGGGACAUGGUGCGACUAGCGCCGCGCCGCCGCCGCCGCUGAGCUCGCGGGCCGUACCGGGCUCGGACGUGGGAGCAGGAAGAUGUUCUCCGCGCUCAAGAAGCUGGUGGGGUCGGAGCAGGCCCCGGGCCGCGACAGGAACAUCCCGGCCGGGCUGCAGUCCAUGAACCAGGCGCUGCAGAGGCGCUUCGCCAAGGGGGUGCAGUACAACAUGAAGAUCGUGAUCCGCGGGGACAGGAACACGGGCAAGACGGCGCUGUGGCACCGCCUGCAGGGCAAGAAGUUCGUGGAGGAGUACAUCCCCACACAGGAGAUCCAGGUCACCAGCAUCCACUGGAGCUACAAAGCCACUGAUGACAUCGUGAAAGUUGAAGUCUGGGAUGUAGUUGACAAAGGAAAAUGCAAGAAGCGAGGUGACGGGCUGAAGAUGGAGAAUGACCCCCAGGAGGCGGAGUCCGAGAUGGCCCUGGACGCGGAGUUCCUGGAUGUGUACAAGAACUGCAACGGGGUGGUCAUGAUGUUUGACAUCACCAAGCAGUGGACCUUCAACUACAUCCUGCGGGAGCUGCCCAAAGUGCCAACACACGUGCCCGUGUGCGUGCUUGGGAACUACCGCGACAUGGGCGAGCACCGCGUCAUCCUGCCCGACGAUGUGCGCGACGUCCUGGACCGCCUGGACAGGCCUCCAGGGUCCUCUUACUUCCGCUACGCCGAGUCCUCCAUGAAGAACAGCUUCGGCCUCAAGUACCUGCACAGGUUCUUCAACAUCCCCUUCCUGCAGCUUCAGAGGGAGACGCUGCUGCGGCAGCUGGAGACGAACCAGCUGGACAUCGACGCCACGCUGGAGGAGCUGUCCGUGCAGCAGGAGACCGAGGACCAGAACUACGGCAUCUUUCUGGAGAUGAUGGAGGCGCGCAGCCGUGGCCACGCGUCCCCGCUGACCACCAGCGGGCAGAGCCCGUCCUCCGGCUCCCAGUCCCCUGUGGUGCCUCCGAGCAUAGUGUCCACCGGGAGCUCCAGCCCCAGCACGCCCCAGCCGGCUCUGCAGCCGCCCUUCCAGGCCCCCCCGGCACCCCCCGCCCCCGCUGAAGCCCCGCCCCGCCAGCCGCACCUCCCCGACGCCAGCAUCAUCGCUCGGCUGUUCGGGGCCUCGCCUGCAACAGAGGUGGCCCCCCCACCCCCAGAGCCGGCCCCAGCUGCAGAGGUCUCCGCGAAAGUCCAGGACGUGGAGGACUUUGUUCCUGAAGACAGCCUGGACCGCAACUUCCUGGAGGACACGGCCCCCACCAAGGAUGAGAAGAGACUGGGAGCCGGGGGACCCCCAGACAGCGACAGCGACGGGGAGACCCCAGCAGGGAACCCGAUGGUGGCAGGCUUCCAGGACGACGUGGACCUUGAAGAUAAGCCUCUCGGCAGGCCCCUGCCACUCACAGACCCCGUCGCCAGCAAGGACAUCACUCUGUCCAGCGAGGAGGAGUCAGAGGAGGGGGCAGGGCACCCCAAGACCGCAGUCCUGGCCCCCCAGAAGUGCCCUGAGCCAGAGACCAGGAGGUCCUCCACAAAGGCCUCGGGGCCACCCCGGGACACGGCUCCCAGGGCGGCAGAGCCCCGCCAGCCAGGCAGCACCAAGCCCCACCCCGAGGGCCGCUCUGGCGGGCUGGAGGAGGGCACGGACAAGCCAGUGUCGUCAGAGAGCGAUGCCGAGGGGCCCAUUGCCGCCCAGAUGCUGUCCUUCGUCAUGGACGACCCGGACUUUGAGAGCGACUCAGAUGCUCAGCGGAGAGCGGGCGAGUUCCCCGUGCGAGAGGACCUCUCUGACCUGACUGAUGAGGACGCUGGCCCCGUGCAGCCCCCCGCACCCCCCAAGCCCUUGGUCCCCUCCUUCAGACUGAAGGACGACUCCGACCUCUUUGGGCUGGGGCUGGAAGAGCCUGGCCGCGGGGACAGCAGUGAGCAAGAUAAGGAGGGCAGGCCCCCCGCGAAGGAGAAGAAAAAGAAGAAGAAAAAGGGCAGAGAGGAGGAAGACAAGGCGGCAAAGAGGAGGAGCAAGCAGAAGAAGAGCCGGGAGCGGGCGGACGACAAGGGCAGGGACGAGCGGCGGCGGCGGCCCCGGGGCCCGCAGAGGACCGCCCUGGACGAGCUGGAGGCCUUCCUGGGCGGCGGCGCGCCCGGCGGCCCCCUCCGCGGAGGCGGCGACUACGAGGCGCUCUAGGCCCCGCCCCGCCCCGCGGACCUCGGGCGCCCAGUGCGCUGGGGGCUGGGCCUGCCCUGCAGGGAGGGGCGGCGGGCAGCCGGUCCCCGCGCUUCUCAGGGAUGGGACAGGCCGAGGAGGCCCGUGAGGCUGUUUACAGGGGGGCUGCGUCCCCGCCGG